AUGCACCGAGUCAACCUAUCAGAGGCAUUUGGUAAACUCUUCAUGAUUAAGGAGAACAAUACUCUUCGGGAGCGUAAUCUGGAUUAUGAGGUCAAUGGUUCUAUUGCCUGUAAGAAGUGUGGGAAUCCCUGGGGUUCGAUGAUGAACUACCGGGGACUCAACUGCCCCUGUCUCCACGUAAAGAACUUUGGAGUGACGCUAAAGGGGGAAAAAGUCAGCAAGUGUUCCAAGUGGAGUGAGUUGCCAGUCAAGUUCCGUGCCUUUGACUACGCUAAUCAUGUCGCCCAAAUGAAUUCCUCUGAGUCAGAGGAUGAUGAAGAGGAGGAAGACGAGAAUGAAAAUUAG